GCUCUCAUUUUAUUUAUUUUUUUGUUUUCUGAUUGAAAAUUUGAAACUAUUAACCUUUUUCAAUGGCUGUCAUGGUUUUGGGUUUUCCUUGUGCAUAAAUUGAAUGGUUAUUGAAUUGGUAAAGUGUGUGAGUGAUGUACCAAUUGAUUUUUACUUUUUGUAUAAUGAGAAUUUGGUUUACUGAACUGAAGUAGAGUUAUGAAAAUUUGUGAUCUUGAGAUUAGGGUUAUUGUGUAAUUUCAAGUGUUGAAGUUGAUAGAUUUAGUGUCACUGAAGUAAGGUGAAGUAGUGAACAAGAGGAUCUGUCAAAUGGAUUUGCAUUUGAAGAGCUUGUUUGAUAGAUUUCAGGAGCAGUUUGGGUCUGGUCCUGGGCUGGGUCCUGGAUCUGGGACAUGCUUGAUGAAAGUGGAUGGCAUUGUUCCUAAUUUCAUUAAAUCUAUAUACAAAGCUUCUGCAGCAUUGUAUCGAACUGAACCGUGGAAAAGGCUGCGUCCAGGGCAAUUGUUUGGCAUCCGGGUUGGAAAAGAUUCGGAUUGGUCUGGCAAGAAACAACCUUUUCCAUGUGUUCAGUUCAUUGGAGGGGAUGGAGGGGAUGUUGGGUUCUACAUGUUUAGAUCAGAAAAUGAUGCUAAGAAAAUGACAGGGCCUAGAGAGACCAUUCAUGUCCCAAAUGUUGAGCUUCUCAGGGUCACAUAUGAAGUGGAGUCUUUGAUGUUCCCUUCUAACCGCAAGAUGAUAAAGUCUUUGUCAUUGGAAGCAUCUGGCUCGGAUCGAUUUCCUGUUAUUGAUGUUGCCCGAUGCACUCAUUCUGGUGAUCUUAGGUUUAGAAAUCCAACCCUUGAGGAGCUUAGGUUUGUCUAUGCAUUCAUGAAAGCCAUUUCUCUGGUUCACACUUUGCUUCAGGCUGACAGGGAAAGUGGUCCAAAGUAUUCAACAGUGGUAUAUUUUGAACCUUUCAUAGAGACAGUUGAUGUUCAAUGGCCUCCAGAAGUAACAAAGGGAGGUCAUGACCUUGUUGCUGUUACUAUCUCACACCCACCGGGUCAAGCAUAUGAAGAAAAACCUAGUAGUGUGAGUGCUGGCUCAACCCCAACCAAGUAUGUAGAACCACCCAGGGAGGACACUUUCAGUGACACAAAAGCGUACUCAAGUGCUGGCUUGAGACAGUGUGCAAUGUGUGAGAAAGAAGAGCAUGGAGAACAGACUCUUUGUUGUGGCCGGUGUAGAGCAGUUGUAUACUGCAGUUCUAUCUGCCAGAAGCAGCACUGGAAUGACACACAUAAAAGCAUGUGUGGACUUUACAAGGCCAUGAUGGAAAGGGGGGAAGAGCUGGCGAUAAAUAUUUUCUUGUUCCCAUGUUCUGCUGACCAGCCUUGCAAGUGGCUUGAAUCAUUAGGUAUCCACCAGAAGGGUAUGUGGAGGAGAAAGUGCAGUUGCUACUCACACUGCCCGUUUGGUCUCCUUCCUGUGAAGGGUGGGCUGCAGGAACUCUGGGGUGGACUUGAUGAAUUUGAAUACCCUCAUGACUCUUCAUUUAAUAACCAUUUCAUUUCAAGCCCAUGUCUUCUCUCUGGUUGGUCCGAGUACUACAACCUUCGCUCCCUUCCAUUGUCAAGUCCUGUUGCUGACAUUCUCUCGCAUCCAUUGACCGUGUAUCACAUACUAACUACUCUUAAUAUAAGUUCAAAAAACCUUAUACUCAAAGGGAAGGAGGUGAUUGUUCACUACCUUGGACCUGAAGGUGAGUUGGAUUGGAUGCCAGCAUUUGCAGAAGUAGGACACUUGCUUAAUGGAUUGGGGAAUGUGCAAAUAGUGAUGGUGGGACCAGAAGUUCCAACAAAUUUGUCAGGCACAACCUCAGGUAUAGGUAGCAGAGUUAGAGUGAAUCUUGUGAGGGGUGUUUAUCAGGUGGAAGCCUCCUACCUACCUUCUCCACAUGUUGUCAUUGCUCUUAAUUCUAGAUUAGAAAGCUAUUCUAGUUGGGGUGGGGCUCUUGAUUUAAUCAAAGCAAUGGGGGUGCCUGCCUUCUUCACUGAACAAUCUGAAGUUUCAUGUGUAAAUGCUAAACAAGUCCUGCGUAAUGCCGGACUGCACAUCACACAUCCAGUGACUCCUAAUCCUUUCAGGUCACCUGUGAAAAAUCUCACAGCUUCUAGCAAUCUUCCUUCAUACAGCAAUGGUUUUGUCUUUGGGGUGAAUACUUAAAUGCAGUCCCAGAAAUUCCAAAAACCAGUGUCCGUCUAUUGCCACCCGUUCUCAAGCUUGCAGCAAAAUUUUCAAAUUUUCCUAGUUCCCAUGUGGUUUCUAAACAUAACAGCAAGCUAGAAGAUCCUUGUAAGUUUUGUUGAAUUAUGUAUAUUGAUUCUGUUUGGCCAUUGUGAUUUUUAUAUAACUUUGCAUGUGUUGAGUUCGUUGUAUUAAUCUCAUUGAAUCUUGUAAAAGUUGAAAUAA